AUGGCGGCGGCCGGGGACUGGCAGGACUUCUCCGAGUUCCGCGCGCCGGAGGCCGGGGCCGGGGCCGGGGCGGGCGGCGGCUUCUCGGCGCUGACCCGCAGCCUGGAGGAAAAGCUCCGCCUGUGCUUCCGCCCGCCCGGGCCGGGCGCCGAGACCCCGCGGGCGGCCGUGCGGCCCAUCACCGAGCGCAGCCUGCUGCAGGGCGACGAGAUCUGGAACGCGCUGACGGACAACUUCGGGAACGUGAUGCCAGUGGACUGGAAGGCCUCGCACACCCGGAGUCUGCACCUGCUGACCCUGAACCUCUCGGAGCAAGGGGUUCCUGACAGUCUGCAGUUGGAGGCGCCAGACGCCGAGGACGUGCGGGAGGCGCUGGACAUGCACUCGAUCAUCGUGUCCUGCGUGGACGAGGGGCCACUCUUCACAGCUGACCAGGUGAUUGAAGAGAUCGAAGAGAUGAUGCAGGAGUCCCCGGACCUGGAUGACCCCCAGACGCCCUCGCAGUGCGACCGCCUGUCCACACUGUCCCAGGAGCUCCAGACCCUGCAGAGGGCCGGCAGUGACGGCGAAGCAAGGGUGAAGAGUCUCCCCGUGUCGUCGCUCAACGAGCUGCUGGAGGAGAUGGAGGGUGCCAUCCGCGAGUUCUCGGAGGAGCUGGUGCAGCAGCUGGCGCUGCGGGACGAGCUGGAGUUCGAGAAAGAGGUGAAGAACAGCUUCAUCUCCGUCCUCAUCGAGGUGCAGAAGAAGCAAAAGGAGCACCGAGAGUCGGCCCGGAAGAAAAAGCACCAGCCCCGGGACGGCGGCGCCCUGAACGGGAGGCAUGAGCGAGGCCACGCGCCUGGCACACGCUUCAGCGUGGAGGGGAUCUCGCACGUCCUUCAGCUGGGCCUGCGCCACACCUUUGGGAGCUCGGGCGGAGACAAACAGUACCUGACGACUGUCAUUCCUUAUGAGAGCAAGAACGGGUCCCCUUCAGUGGAAGAACUGCAGAUCUUAACCAAAAUUCUCCGUGCCAUGAAGGAGGACAGUGAGAAAGUGCCCAGCUUGUUAACAGAUUAUAUUCUGAAAGUGCUCUGUCCCACCUAGGGUUGCCGCUACUGCGUGGACCCCGAGCUCCAGCCCCUGCUCCCAGCCGCCCCAAAGCUGCUCUUGGCAACUCAGCGCAUUUGCACUUGGCUUCGUGAGUCAGUAUUAACCGGAUCCCGCCCUGGCGAAUGCUCCACCGCGCGCCCCCAAGAGCAAGAGCUCCGGCACCUUCUGGAUUCUGCAGGUGGCGUGCAGGACCCUAAACUCCAUACCUGGAGGGACCCUGCAGAGAGAGAGAGAGAGAGGCCAGCAGGAGCCAUGGAUCGCUUUAUUCUCUCCUGCAUGUACUUGGGGCCCAUCUGUGAGUUUCCGGGGCUUUCUAGCUGGAGGAAAUGGCACUGAAGGACAAGGUCCAGCUGCAGGAGCGCUGGCACUGAUCG